GGAAAUAAAACCCUUGAUAACCUCUGCGUAGUCUUCGCUUUGUUUUUUGUUUUUUUGUCAAGUUGUGUACUCACGAUAAGAGCGCUUCAAACAAUAUCUAUCUCUUCGUUGUGUCGAAUUUAAGAGUGAAAUAAUUUUUGAAUGUUCGACUACAUUUGCAGGGUCACGCCUCUCCAGCAUGGCCGCCAGCAGCGCCUCCCUGUUCUCCUUGUUGGCCUCCAUCUUCUGCUCCAGCUUCUCCUUGGCGUUUUUGAUGAAGUUGUUGUUCUCCUCGAAAGCCUUUUGGAUCACCUCACGUUCGUGCUCCCUCUUCUCAGCCAAGUGCUUCAGCAGCUCGGCUUCGUGAUACUGAAGCCUCCAGCUUCUUCUGGAUCUCCUCCAGCGACGGGUCCCGGCGCUGCGGCAUGGAGGUGUUAAGCUCUGGCGCGCCAUCAAAGGAGGGAGGCUUGAGGAUGACCUCAAAAGCCUGGCCGGAUGUCCGCUUGUUCAGCUCGAUCACCUCCACGUCUUUCAUGACGCACCAGCCCAAGUCCACCGCAUCUGUGUGGGAGCGUUGCCAAAGUGGGAAAGUAUCACUCAGUAACCUGGUUGUUAUGCUCAUGUCCUUGAAAGAAAUUCUCCCGAAAUACCUUCGGCCUUGUAGGGUGUCUUCUCUGUCUGUGGGUUCAGACAUGCGCAGAAGAGAGACACCAGAGGGAGCUCUUUGACUUUCUCCUUGUAGGCUGAGGAGACACACAGGGGUGAAACUGUACCGUCUAACCUGCAAUACAGCUUUCAAGUGCACAUGCUGCGGCCAUGUUUACCUGCAAGAGUCAUGUUCUCACUGCGUGUCGUUCCAAGGAUGCUGCAGAGUCAGAGAAGGCAGUUAAAGUGCUGUUGACAAGAAUGUGUGGUCAGCCAGCAAACAGCUGUGUGCUUCAGUAGACGUGGAGAAGAUGAAGAAACACUGAAUAAUAGAAAUCCCUAACCCUGGUGGACAUCAUCAUCAUCAGUGAGAGUGAGCAGGGCCAGUGUCAAAUCGACCUGAGAGAACUACACAACAGACCUUGCUUAUGGGACCACUCUGGGAAUCAAACACGCUUUUUCUGACUCCUUUUCCUGCUUCUAAGGAACUGGUGUGCGUAUGUGGUGACACGCACCGUUAGCUGUGUGAUGGAGGACGGCGUGGAGACCUACAUCAAGCCCGACUACCAGCGCUGUACCUGGGGGCAGUGUCCUCGAGUGGCCUACCGGACGUACAGGAGGCCGAGGUACAAGGUGGCAUACAAGAUGGUGACAGAAAUGGAGUGGAAGUGUUGCUACGGUUACUCAGGAGAGGACUGUCAGGAUGGGCCCAAGGCACCCACAAACACAGGGCGCCCCCGUGUGACACAGACCGGCCAUAACACCGGUGGCGGGCAGAGAGGUGGAGACAGUCGGAAUGCACCAGGUGACAGCGAGAAGAUUCGGCAGCUGGAAGAAACCAUCCGUGGCCUGACCAAGGACCUUCACAACAUGCAGAACACCAUUGACAGCAUCAACCAGAAGAUUCCGAACCUAAACGGAGCCAUCGUGCCCUCCGAUUCGGCGCAGCCUCACAUGAAGGAGACUAUCAACAACAUCCAGAGCAAGCUGGAUCAUCUGUACAACAGAACUCAGGUCCACGAUCAAACUCUCCUCAACAUCAACAACCACCUGGUGAACGGAGGCAGCAACGACCUGGACGGGGCGUCCAUCGGUGGCGGACAUAGAGGGGACCAGCUGAACACGCUGAAGGAGGAGAUACUGACCGAGCUGGAGAGGAGAGUGUCUCUGUCCUGCUCCUCCUGUCAGGCUGGUGUGGAGGACAUGAGGCGCCAGCAGCAGGAGGACAGAGAAAAGAUCCAAGCUCUGGAGAAGCUGAUCAGCUCCAUGGACCAGCAGAUGAGAAAGACCCUUGAGAUCUCUCGUACAGAGACAGAACGCUCCCAGGCCUGCUGCAACAAAGUCAGUGAUUUGGAGAAGAGAGUGACUGAAGUGGAGGUCCAGGUCAGCAGCACGGCCACCAAGUGUGACACCAUUAAGGGUCGGCUCGACAAGGAGCUGGCCGGCACCGGAGGAGGGAAGGGGAGGGUGACGGAGGACAGGCUGAACGGAAGACUGAGGGAGCUGGAGAAGAGGCUGAACAACACCAUGAGGAAGACGGAGCAGAGAUGCACCAACUCCGGAAACAACCUGAAGGACACCGUCCUGAGGGACGUCAUCCAGCUAAGGAAUAUGGUUCUGACCCAAGGGGACGACCACACUUUUAAAAUCGGGAAGCUGGAGCUGGAUGUUGCUGUUCUGGGGGACACGGUGACGGAUCACAGCCGUCGGUUGGGUCUGCUGGAGAACAUCACGGCCAUCCUGGAUGGACGGGUGGCGUCGACGGAGAGCAUGUGCAACGACACGAACGGGAAGGUCCCAGAAGACUCUGUCAAAACCCUCGAGUGGAGAGUUGUCGCCAACCAGGAAGAGAUCCAGACCUUCAGCACCAAAUUAAAGGACCUGACCGUGUCAGGUGACUCGCUGAUGGACAAAGUCAUCAACCUAGCAGGCGACGUGAAGAGGAUCAUCGCGGUGACUGGAGAGAACGGGGAGAACUUCGACAAGAUCCUCACCGAGGUGGAAACUUUGGGCCAAGAUUGCUCUGUGUGCAGCAGUGUGGAGGCAGACUUGCGGCUGUUGACCAACUACACCAAGUCUGGACUGGACCAGUGCCACGGAGAGCUGACAAACCUGAGGAGGAAAGUGGACUCUGGAGAAUCCCAGUGCUCCCAGGUCUGCUCCAACCUCCAGGAGGAAGUGGGACGACUCCGAGAGGAAGUGGAGGAGUGCACCGGACAGUGCAAGGUCAACAUCAACGAUCUGAAGGACCGUCUGGAUGGUCACUCUGUGCACAGUGGAAGGCUGGGAGGUCAUCUCAAGUCCAUAGAGGGAGAGCUGGCCGGGGUCAUGGUGACAUUCAACUCCAUCAACCACACUCUGAAGGGCUUGGGAAGAAGCGUGCUGACACAAGGGAACCAGCUGACCAACCUGAUCGGCACCAACGACAACAUCAUCGCCGAGGUGGACAAGCUGCAGAAGGAGGUGACGGAACACUUUGAGGACUCCCAGACACGAUUCAACAGCCUGGGAAAAGAGAUGACUGAAAUAAGAAGCAACUUUGCAACGGAAGUGGGGGAGUGCCGGCGCUCCAGCGACGGACUGGAUGGCCGACUCACCAAGCUAGAAGGAGUGUGCGGGCGCUUGGAUUCUUUCUCCGACAGCCUGGACCGCCUCAAAGAGGGCCUGGACCUGCACGUGUCCGGCCUGUGGGAGUGUGUCCACGGGCUCAAUGACACCGUCACGUCACAUGAGGAAGUCAUCGACAACAUCCAGAACGUCCAGCUGCACCACGUUCACAACAAAAUACACAAGCUGAACUCCUCCGUCGUGGACUUGGUCAAGGAGUUCCAUCACUUUAAACUGCAGGACUUCAAGGGUCCUCCAGGUCUGACGGGGCCUCAAGGAGAACGAGGGGAGCGAGGAGUUCCAGGCCCCGUUGGUCUCCAGGGGAGAGUUGGACCUCCGGGCACAGACGGACAGCAAGGACCCGUUGGACCCCCUGGUCUCAAAGGAGAACAAGGCCCCCCAGGUUCUGACGCCCACGUUCCACGUCUCUCCUUCUCCGCUGCUUUGACUCAGCCAAUGAGAAGCUCAGGAACCAUCGUUUUCAACAAAGUCUUCGUGAACGAAAACAGCGCCUACAACCCCAAGACAGGUUACUUCACUGCUCCGGUCAGAGGGAAGUACUUCUUCAGUGGAAUCCUGACGGGUCACAAGAACAUGAAAAUCGAAGCGGUGCUGUCCAAAUCCAACACGGGCGUGGCCCGAGUGGACUCGGCCGGGUAUCAGCCCGAAGGCCUGGAGAAGCCCAUGGCAGAAGCCAAGCACAUCCCCGGAGCUUUGGCCGUCUUCAACAUCAUCCUGCCCAUGGAGGCCGGGGACACGGUCUGCAUCGACCUGGUCACGGGCAAGCUGGCCUUCUCCUCGGAGCCUCUGACCAUCUUCAGCGGGAUGUUGCUCUAUGAGACCGUCUGAUCUGACCCACUGGAGCUGGGACUCUCGGGCAGCAGAGCCACUUGACACUGGACAGUCAGAGACUGAGAGGAAGUCAAGAGUUGUAUAAUCUUGUGGUUCGUGUUCUUACACAGCUGUUGGCUUGAAGAGCCGACGUGGCAUCAGAAUGAAGGCCCUGCAAGGAACACGUCACUAACAGAUAUUAUAUAUUUACUGUGCGACAAAACUUGAAUUAUUUUCAUGGAGGUCUUACAACCACGAAGUGAGAAACCAUCAUGAAGUGUGACGCUCUCCUGUGAAAUCCAACCGAGACUCUCUUCCGCCCCUAGUGGAGAGAUUCUUAAAGACACCAGCGUUUGAAGGACUAAGACUGUAAUGCAUUUCCUUAUAAAAACAAGUGAAGACGCGAACCAUCCAGAACAUUAUGACCAUCAGCUGGAAUUCUUUUGCUGCUCUGCUCUUCCUAAUGCAAUGGUCAGUAUCUGAAGACGCUCUAACUGGUACCUUGCGACCCAAAACUCAAUCACACAUGGACCAAAACUGAAGCUGUCAACUUUCUCAACUGCAGAAUCAAAAUACAGCCUCUGGUGUUAUGUUGCGGUGCAUUAUGGGACUUGUGCUAUGGUUGGUGGGAGUGCUCUCAAAGGCAUUUUGCUCACAGAGCUCAUGAGCUGAUGUUGCUGUUCAGUAGUCUCUGUCUCACGGGCCAAACCUGCUCCGUACUUGGGUUUUUCAUGUCUCACCUGGGGCACAGAACGUCCCGGGUCGGAUGUGAUCAGUCACAAGGAGUCAUAAUGUUUCCUUCUAUCGUUCACUAUCACGCCACCGUACCUAUUUAUUAGCCGACACAGCGACUUCUGAGUUUAUUCCUGAAAUGUUUUCCUGUUGCGCUAAAGUGCUUUAUUUCUUUGGUUUCUCUGUUCUCUCAAGUGGAAGCUUGAGUCACCUCCCAGUAUCACAAUGCGUCCAGACACCCACCACGGAAAGAAUGUGCUGUGAGUUUAACACGAGGGGCGGACAGAGUUUAAACCCUCCGAAAGCUCGGAGAAGUCGCCGACAGUUCGGCGGGAUUAUUUAAAUCAAACCAUGGCAAAACAAAAAAGGCUAUUUUAGGACUCCGGGGGGGGGAGGGGGGGGGUUUGGAAAUAUGAAGCUUGUGUCCUAAUAAGGUCGAUCUGAACUUCACGGAGGAUGAAGCGUUUAGUUCUGAGCUAUUCUGUUCUUUGCUGGAAUUUUUAUGGAAGGCAUCAAUAACAGCUUCACAGGCUUCUAUGCAGGAGAGUUGGGUUCUAUUUAUAAACUGUAUGUAGAUAUUCUUGAGCAUGUUUGUUUUUUAUCCAUCAAGUUAAACAGUUGUUUCUAUAAGGACUGUACAUAUUUCAUAUCACUUCACAUGUGGAUGUGUUUUGUAUGUUUUUGCUACGUGUGUGACUGAAUUGAUCAAUACAGAGGUGAAACUGA